AUGUCAUGUACAGGCUCAGAGGCCUCAAUCCAGGAUUAUCCUCAUGCUGGAUGGGAACAAAACCGACUUCGACCGGACACAAGGGGUUAUGUUUAUGGUGUUGUACAAGUCUACUACAAAGGUCAAUGGGGAACAGUGUGUGAUGAUUCCUGGGGUUGGGAUGAUGCCAAGGUUGCCUGUAGACAGCUUGGUUUUUCCAAAGCUGUAGGUUACUGGCACAGUGGACGUGGGGAAGGACCAGUCUGGCUGGACGACAUGGCAUGUACAGGCUCAGAGACUUCACUUCAUGACUGUCCUCACCGUGGAUGGGGGGUUCAUAACUGCGGUGGUCACACUGAAGAUGCUGGUGUUGUGUGUUCAGGAGCUCAGAAUGUUCAAACCGAAUUGUGCCACAAAGGUCAAUGGGGAACAGUGUGUGAUGAUUCCUUUGGUUGGGAUGAUGCCAAGGUUGCCUGUCGACAGCUUGGUUUUUCCAAAGCUGUACAUUACCGGCACGGUGGAGGUGGGGAAGGACCGGUCUGGCUGGACGACAUGGCAUGUACAGGCUCAGAGACAUCACUUCAGGACUGUCCUCACCGUGGAUGGGGGGUUCAUAACUGCGGUGGUCACACUGAAGAUGCUGGUGUUCUACAUGCUAUACAAGUCUACUACAAUGGUCGGUGGGGAACAGUGUGUGAUGAUUCCUGGCAUAUGAAUGAUGUCAAGGUUGCUUGUCGACAACUUGAUUACGCCAAAACUGUAAGUUACUGGCGGUACAAUGGACAAGGAGAGGGACCAGUGUGGCUGAAUGACAUGAGGUGUACAGGCUCUGAGGCCUCACUUCUGGACUGUCGUCAUCCUGGAUGGGGAGUUGUCAGCUCAAACUGCAACGGCCACACUUACGAUGUUUCGUGUAUAAGGGGUCAUGUUUUUGGAGUCAUACAAGUCUACUACAAAGGUCAAUGGGGAACAGUGUGUGAUGAUUCCUGGGGUUUUGAUGAUGCCAAGGUUGCCUGUCGACAACUUGGUUUCACCAAAGCUAUAGAUUACUGGGGCAAUGGACGUGGGGAAGGACCGCUUGAAAGUGUUGAUGGACUUGCACAUAUCUUACCAGUUACGUCCUCGUCUCUUCUGAGCAUCGAUAAGAGGCAGGAUACAAGAGGAUAUGUUAAGGAUGUUAUGCAAGUCUACUACAAUGGUCAGUGGGGAACAGUGUGUGAUGAUUACUGGCGUUUUGAUGAUGCCAAGGUUGCCUGCCGACAACUUGGUUUCACCAAAGCUGUAGAUUACUGGGGCGGUGGACGUGGGGAAGGACCAGUGUGGCUAGACGAAAUGCGUUGUACAGGCUCAGAGGCCUCACUUCAGGACUGUCCUCACAAUGGAUGGGGAGUUGUCAGCUCAAAUUGCAACGGUCACACUGAAGAUGUUUAUGUUCAAUAUUCUGGGUCCUCGUCCGACCAAAAUUGUUUCAUUGUUAUGAAAUAUUUCGUUACUUACUUAAGGGAUACAAGAGGAUAUGUUAAGGAUGUUAUGCAAGUCUACUACAAUGGUCAGUGGGGAACAGUGUGUGAGGAUUCUUGGGAUAUAUAUGAUGCCAAGGUUGCCUGUCGACAACUUGGUUACGCCACAACUGUAAAUUACUGGCACAAUGGACAAGGAGAGGGGCCAGUGUGGCUGGAUGACAUGAGGUGUACAGGCUCUGAGGCCUCACUUCUGGACUGCCGUCAUCCUGGAUGGGGAGUUGUCAGCUCAAAUUGCAACGGUCACACUGACGAUAACUGCGGGGGACAUGUUAGGGGUGUUAUACAAGUCCACUACAAUGGUCAGUGGGGAACAGUGUGUGAUGAUGACUGGGAUGGUUAUGAUGCCAACAUCUACUACAAAGGUCAAUGGGGAACAGUGUGUCAUUAUUCCUGGGGUUUGGAUGACGCCAAGGUUGCCUGUCGACAACUUGGUUUCACCAAAGCUGUAGAUUACUGGGGCGAUAGACGUGGGGAAGGACCAGUAUGGCUAGACGACGUGCGUUGUACAGGCUCAGAGGCCUCACUUCAUGACUGUCCUCACGCUGGAUGGGGCGUUGUGAGCUCCAACUGCAAUGGUCACACUGAAGAUCUGUAUAAAGGACUUAAGAAGAAAACUGACUUUAAAAAAGUCCCGGCUAAGCAAGAACUUUCGGUGGUUGCUUUAUCAGCCAAAAGCGAUAGAAGAGGACAUGUUAAGGAUGCUAUACAAGUCUAUUACAAUGGUCAGUGGGGAACAGUGUGUGAUGAUUCCUGGAAUAUGAAUGAUGCCAAGGUUGCUUGUCGACAGCUUGGUUACGCCAAAGCUGCAAAUUACUGGUGGUACAAUGGACAAGGAGAGGGGCCAGUGUGGCUGGAUGACAUGAGGUGUACAGGCUCUGAGGCCUCACUUCUGGACUGUCCUCAUCCUGGAUGGGGAGUUGUCAGCUCAAAUUGCGUUCACACUGACGAUGUUUUGGUUUUUCAACACCGAAAAUUACCACUUUUAAGGAAUACAAGGGUACAUGUUAGGGCUGUUAUACCAGUCCACUACAAUGGUCAGUGGGGAACAGCGUGUGAUGAUUACUGGAAUGGUAAUGAUGCCAAGGUUGCCUGUCGACAACAAUGGGGAACAGUGUGUGAUGAUUCCUGGGGCUCGGAUGAUGCCAAGGUUGCCUGUCGACAACUUGGUUUCACCAAAGCUGUAUAUUACGGGUACAGUGGACGUGGGGAAGGACCAGUGUGGCUAGACGAGAUGCGUUGUACAGGCUCAGAAGCAUCACUUCAGGACUGUCCUCACAAUGGAUGGGGAGUUGUCAGCUCAAAUUGCAACGGUCACACUGAAGAUGCUUAUGAUGUUAUACAAGUCUACUACAAUGGUCAGUGGGGAACAGUGUGUGAGGAUUUCUGGGGUUCGGAUAAUGCCAAGGUUGCUUGUCGACAACUUGGUCUCACCAAAGCUGUAGGUUCCGGGGGCGGUGAACUUGGGGAAGGACCAGUGUGGCUAGAUGACAUGCGUUGUACAGGCUCAGAGGCCUCACUUCAGGACUGUCCUCACGCUGGAUGGGGAAUUGUCAGCUCAAAUUGCAACGGUCACACUAGAGAUGUUUACGUUCAAUGUUCUGGUUCCUCGUCCAACCAAAAUUGUUCUUUCGACAUGUAA